GCUCAACAGGAGUCGUCAUCAGCACAGCCCUCAGUAAUUCGCAAGCUUUGUCCAGAUACGCAUCUACUGUAGCACUCAAUUGUAUCGGAUCUGUUGGCCUCCACGUUCGGCCGAUUCUGAUCCUCCGUGACAAGCUCCGGCGCGGCUAACUUCCCGGAAGAGCCAUCGACCAAUCAGCAUCCCUACGUCUGUCAACACCGACCGAGGCAACAACCCAGCAGCUAUCAGAUCAUCCUAAAAUCUUUGCGAGAUACGCGACGUGAUUUGCGAGAGUUGCGGUGUGUCCUCUGUGGUGUCGUUUCAUGCGCGAACGAUACAAGUAGCUUCCGACGCAGCACAAGACGAGCACAACGCUUUCAGGCAACAAAAAGCCAACGUUUCCUGUACCCAAAUCUCCCAUCAAUUGUUCUUUUUGCGUCUCGUUCUACUCCAUCCGUUUCACGUUUCAACUAUGGCUUCAUCAGACACAGCAAUAAUUCCUGGUCCACCAGGUCUGCCAUUCGUGGGCAACGUAUCAGAUAUCGACGCUGAAAACCCCAUACAGUCGAUGUGUAACCUCACCGACACAUACGGUCCAAUAUGGAAAUUCAGCCUUGCCGGCAAUGAUCGUGUUGUGAUCGGCUCACAAGCGUUGAUGGACGAGAUUUGCAACGAGGAGCGCUUCUCGAAAAUUAUUGCAGCCUCUUUGAACCAAGUUCGAAACGGUGUACAUGAUGGGUUAUUCACGGCGCGAGGUCCAGAAGAAGAGAAUUGGGGGAUUGCACAUCGGGUACUGCUUCCCCAACUUGGUCCCUUGGCGAUCCGCAAUAUGUUCCCGGAGAUGCAUGACAUCGCUUCACAGCUGGUUAUGAAGUGGGCACGUCAUGGUCCUAGCCACAAGAUCAAAGUCACGGACGACUUUACACGGCUUACACUUGACACCAUCGCGCUGUGCGCAAUGGACUAUCGCUUCAAUUCUUACUACUCGGAGAGCAUGCAUCCCAUGAUACAAGCCAUGGGGGACUUCUUAAGAGUUAGCGGUGAUCGUUCGCGAAGAGAUGCAGUAACACAGAUGUUCUACCGUGCCGAGAGCCAAAGGUACCAGGAGGACAUUGAACUCCUACGAAGAACAAGCUUCGAUGUGAUCAACAAUCGCAAGGAAAAUCCGACAGACAAGAAAGACCUCCUCAACGGAAUGCUGAAGGGUGUGGAUCCAAGAACUGGAAAGACUAUGUCGGAUGACAGUGUGGUUGAUAACAUGAUCACAUUCCUGAUUGCUGGACAUGAGACGACAUCUGGCCUCCUCUCUUUCACGUGGUAUUAUCUACUGAAAAACGCUGCCACGUACGAAGCUGCGCAGCAGGAAGUUGAUAAUGUGAUUGGCAAGGGCCCAAUCACCGUUGACCAUCUUACCAAACUGCCGUACCUGAAUGCGGUACUACGGGAGUCCCUACGACUAUCACCAACCGCACCAUCAAUAGGAAUCACUGCAAAAGAAGACACCGUCCUUGAUGACAGAUAUCCAGUCAAGGCCGACACGCCACUCGUCGUACUCCUGCCCAAGAUCCAUCGCGACCCUGUUGUGUAUGGAGAGGAUGCAGAGGAGUUCCGACCGGAGCGGAUGCUUGAUGAAGAGUUCACUCGUCGUGAGAAAGAGUACCCUAACAGCUGGAAGCCGUUCGGUAACGGAAUGAGGGGCUGCAUUGGCCGGCCAUUUGCCUGGCAAGAAGCCCUACUGGUGAUGGCUAUCCUUCUGCAGAACUUCAACUUCUCAAUGGACGAUCCGUCGUAUCAACUCCAGGUCAAGCAAACUCUCACCAUUAAGCCAAAGGGUUUCUACAUGCGUGCGCACCUUCGCAGCGGCGUAUCUGCCACUGAACUCGAGCGCAAACUGGCUUCGGCCGCGCUGAACGACCCGCCGCCAGCGAACGGAGCUCCACAGGUGCGAAAGGAGAACUUGAAAGGCAAGCCUCUCUCUAUCUACUACGGCUCGAACAGCGGGACUUGCGAGGCCCUCGCGAACAGGCUGGCCAGCGACGCGGCGAAUCACGGUUUUAGAGCCGAUGUUGUUGAUACUCUGGAUACUGCCAAGGACAACCUACCAACGGACAGACCGGUCGUCAUUGUCACAGCGUCGUACGAGGGACAGCCAGCUGAUAACGCCACUCAUUUCGUACAAUGGGUGGGUACACUGAAGGAAAACGAGCUCAAGGAUGUGUCGUACGCUGUCUUCGGCUGUGGCCACCGUGACUGGGCGAAAACGUUCCAGAAAAUCCCGAAAUAUCUUAAUCAGGAGCUGGAAAAGGCCGGUGCUACCCGUCUUGUGGAAUUGGGCGCCGCAGACGCUGCUCAAGGCGACAUCUUCACCGAGUUUGAGAGCUGGGAAGACCAAGUAUUCUGGCCUGCUGUACGCGAAAAGUAUGGAUCCUCAGAAGCUGAUGGUGAUUCCCUAGAGGCUACCCUCGAUGUUGAGAUUUCGACACCGCGAACCUCGACACUGCGCCAAGAUGUCCGCGAGGCACGUGUUGAAAAUGUCCAGGUUCUUUCCGGCUCCGGUGUUUCUGAGAAGAGGCACAUUGAAAUCAGUCUGCCUUCGGACAUGACCUACUCCGCGGGCGACUACCUUGCUAUACUGCCCCUCAACCCCAAAGAAAAUAUCCACCGUGCCAUGAGAUACUUUGGCUUAUCUUGGGACAGCAUGCUGACCCUCUCGUCAACUGGACCAACAACACUGCCUGUAGACCAGCCCAUCAGUGCUACUGAUGUUUUUGGGGCUUACGUCGAACUCGCACAGCCGGCAAGCAAGCGUAACGUCCAUGCUCUCGCAGAUGCGACACGAGACGAAAACACUCGAUCUGAGCUUUCACGCCUUGCAGAUGAUGAGUUCGCUAGUGAGAUCACAGCCAAGCGAAUCUCAGUCUUAGAUCUGCUCGAGCGCUUCCCUUCGGUUCAGUUGCCACUGGGAGUGUUCCUGAAGAUGCAGCCGCCUAUGCGCAUUCGCCAAUACUCGAUCUCUUCGUCACCACUCUGGGACUCGAACAACGUCACCUUGACUUACGCUGUUGUCGACCAGCCAGCAUUGAGCGGCCAAGGCCGUUACAUAGGCGUUGCUUCGAACUACCUGUCGAACCUUGCGGAAGGCGACAAGCUACACGUCAGCGUCCGGUCCAGCCACCAGGCAUUUCAUUUGCCAAAGGACUCCAAGAAAGUACCCGUAAUUAUGAUCGCAGCUGGUACAGGUCUGGCGCCCUUCCGAGGCUUCAUCCAAGAGCGCGCUGCUCAGCUCGCAGCCGGCCGUGAGCUUGCCCCUGCUCUCCUGUUCUACGGCUGUCACGGACCCGACAGCGACCUGCUCUAUGCCGAUCUGCUUCGAAGGUGGGAGGAGCUCGGCGCAGUUUCGUUGCGAUUGGCAUUCUCCCGAGCUCCGGAGCAGUCGGAAGGCUGCAAGUAUGUUCAGGACCGCCUGUACCACGAUCGUGAAGAGAUCGUUGAGCUCUUCGAGGCCGGUGCCAAGCUAUUUGUGUGUGGUAGCAGGGAUGUUGGCGAUGGCGCACAGGAGACUCUGAUCAAGAUUGCAAAGGAGACGAAGACGAAUAAGGAUGGAGUGGAGGUGGAUGAUCAGAAGGCACGCGACUGGUUCGACGCCUUGAGGAAUGAGAGAUUCGCAACAGACGUGUUUGCUUAAGUAGCCAGAAUAGUUGACGGACGGGCUAAUGACGGCGACGCCGGCAUGGCGGAAGUCUAAAGGUGUCGUGCACAGUACAGGAAA